AUGGCGGAUCGGUCAAUUGUUAUUAGUGACUUUUUGUUCUUUUUGGUAAAUAACUGGAAUAACUUAGAGGAUGAAACAUUUGUUUCAAAUGUUAUUGAGUUUUACUAUGUUGAAGAAGUUGCUACUACUCUUAAAAUUUUGAAAAAUGAUUUAGAAAUAUUAAAAAACUAUAUCUUAAAAAUUGAAUUUAAAUUUUGCAGGAAUACUACUAAAAGGGAUACAACUCUCGAAUAUUUAAGUGCUGGUUUAGCAAGAAUUCCGAAUGUUGUUAAUUGGCUGAAUUUAAAUUUUCAAAUGGUUAAAAAUGACAUUAAAGCCAUGUUUAGUAUGCGUCAAAAGGCCAUAAUGUAUUCAUGGGCAGAUAGAACUAAAGUUUUAGCUACUAAUUCUAUAAACAAAUCUAAUGAUGAACUAGAUUUUGAUGGCUUUCAGCUUGUACAAAAAGCAAAGAAAAGUAAAAAGUCUGUCGGUAGUCCUAUGAUUGUUAAAGAAAAAAACAGUGAAGAAGACACCAAGAAAUCCGAAAAAAGAAAACAAAUUACUUAUUAUGGGGGCAAUGUCGGCUCGUGCAGCAGGGACAUAAUUGAAAACCAUUUGAAAACUUACAAUUUAGCGUUCAAUCAUUGCUUCUCUGUCUUACGGAAAAGAAACCCAACGGAUAAUGUAGCAACUGACCAAAACGCAUCAAUCGAGUCAACAGCUUUUAAAAUAAUUUUGCCAAUUAAGGAGCUACCAAAGUUAACAAAUCCAGAUAUAUGGCCCCAGUACAGGUUCCUACGGGAAUGGGAUUUUUCAGUGGCAAAAAACAGAAAAGAAGUUGAAGAAAAACAAUUGCGGACUAUUGCCACGAAACAUGGCGAUGCGAGAUUAUUUCGUUAA